GGAAGGUCCUUUCGGCCGUCUUGGGGCGGCGGGGAGUCACGUGACACGCGUAAAGAUGGCGGCGCCGGCGCUGCUCCGGCAAAGCAAACGUUUGACCUCCUUAUGCGUCGGCUGUCAGUUUAGCAGCACGUCCGAGGGUCUUUCUUCAAACCACCAGAAAGGUGGGAUAUUUCAGUAUCUCUCCAGCCGCUUCUACGACAUUGAAAGCUUUGUCGAAAUUGGCCGGAAAUUAAAGAGAUGGAAAAUGGAAAAAGGAAACAAGUAUGACAUUGGCCUACACCAGCACUACGGCAGCGAUAUCGGAGCCGCCAUCUUUGUCCUGAAGCUGCAGGGAGCCAUUCGUUUCCAGGACCAAAUGGAUUGGUAUCGCCAGGACCCUAAAGGGGAAGAAAACAUGGAUUUUACAGAUUAUUGUGGGAAAUCCUUGGAAGGCAUCGACCUCAGCAGCUCCUUCAUCAGUUACAUCGGCCUGAAAAACUUCGCGAACCUGAAAGGCCUGAAGCAUCUGGACCUGAGCAGAUGCCCUCUCAUCGACGACUGGUGCCUGAAUCUGCUGCACCCCUUUGGUUCCACCCUGCAGACUUUGUCUUUGGCCGGCUGUCCCCGGAUCACGGAGAAAGGGCUGCCUUGCCUCCACCACUUUGAGAAUUUGGAACGCCUGGAUGUCUCCAGUCUCCCUUCUGUUUCUCACCCGCUGUUAAUUCGGAUUCUCCUGGAAGAGAUGCUGCCCCAGUGUUACAUUGUGGGGAUGGACGAUCAGGAUGACACGGAUUCUCCCACCGAGCUGGAAAAAGAACGGAUUUCCCCCACGCUCAGCGGGGUCUCCACUUGAACCGGAAAGCAAAACAGUUCUUUAAACCUUCGUGUCCCUUCUCCGCACCCCUUUGAUAAGACACCCACGGACACUGUUGUUUUAAAGCCGACAGUUGUUGACCAAGCUCGUUGUGGAUUGUAUGAGACACAGUCGGCACAACGGAUGUGGCCCCAGGCGGGGGAACCUCUAAAGCAGGGGGUCCCCAAACUUCACCACUUUUAAGACUUGUGGAGGAGAAUUUUGGGGAGUUGAACUCCACCAGUCUUUUUUUUUUAAUUAUUUUUAUU